AGAACAUCACUGCCAGCAAAGCUCGAGAUCGAAUCGAGCUAACUCAUGGCGCCGGUGGCGGUGGACAAACCGCAGCAGCUACGACGGCUGCUUCCUCUCAUUGCUCUCACUCUAGUGCUGCCGUGCUGCUUGGCCAGCGGCGGAGGGGAGCCGGCGAUCUUCCAGAUCCCCGGGGACGGAAGCGUGGUGGAGCUGGACGAAGGCAACUUUGAGGCGGCGGUGGCCGCCGUUGAUUACCUCUUCGUGGACUUCCACGCCCCCUGGUGCGGCCACUGCAAACGCCUCGCCCCGCAGUUGGAUGAAGCUGCUCCAGUGCUUGCUGCGCUGAGCCCGCCAAUCGUAGUCGCAAAAGUGAAUGCAGAGAAGUACAAGAAGCUUGGGUCCAAAUACGGAGUAGAUGGCUUCCCUACACUGAUGCUUUUUGACCAUGGAGUCCCCACGGAGUACACUGGUUCAAGGAAGGCUGGUCUGCUCAUCGAGAGCCUGAAGAAGCUUGUCGCACCUCAUGUUUCUGUUCUCGAGUCCGACUCAGCAAUCAAAAGUUUUGUUCAGGAAGCCGGUGCAGAUUUUCCAUUAUUUAUUGGAUUUGGGGUGGAUGAGUCAUCAAUUGCUGAGUAUGGAGCGAGAUACAAGAAGAAGGCAUGGUUUUCCAUAGCAAAAGAUUUCUCUGAGGAUAUGAUGGCCGUAUAUGAUUUUGACAAGAUUCCGGCAUUGGUUUCGCUCAACACAAAGUAUAACGAGCAAAGUGUUUUCUAUGGUCCCUUUGAAGGAACCUUCUUGGACGAUUUUAUACGACAAUCUCUACUGCCUAUAACUGUGCCCAUCAAUGCAGAGACUCUUAAGAUGUUAAAAGAUGAUGAUAGGAAAGUUGUUCUUACAGUUCUUGAGGAUGAAUUCGAUGAAACUUCCAUGCAGUUGAUAAAAGUUUUGAGGUCUGCAGCCAAUGCAAACCAUGAUCUAGUGUUUGGAUAUGUGGGAGUCAAGCAAUGGGAGGAAUUCACCGAGCCUUUCCAUGAUUCUAAGACCUCACAGCUGCCAAAAAUGAUAGUCUGGGACAAAGAUGAGGAGUAUGAAGUGGUUGAGGGUUCAGAGAAUCUGCAAGAAGGCGACCAUGGAUCCCAAAUCAGUCGUUUCCUCGAGGGAUAUAGAGCUGGAAGAACAGCAAAGAAGUCAGUGGGCGGACGUACCCCGACACUGCUCGGCGUGAAUCCGUUGUACAUCCUCCUUUUCUUGGUUGUUGUUCUUAUUGCCCUGAUGUUCUUCGCUGGGCAAGGCGAGGAAGAUCGACAACCAACACGAGCCCAUCAAGAAUGAAUGUGUAGUAGUUUUCUGCACCAGAAUUAAACUUACAAGGAAUUCCUGAAGCAGGGGAAUAGAAGCAUGUUCUAGAGAGGGUAACUUAAAGAUGGCGGAUAAGUUUCUGAUUUUUCGUUUGACAUGACUUCGGAAGGCUUGGUUUUGAUCUCCCCUUGUCCGACCUGCCAGUUACUAACUUCAUUGACUAGCUAUUUUCAUUUUCAUGUAAACUUAUUGAUUUAAUAACUUGAGCAGCUAUCUGCUUUGAUGAUUUUCGAAUUAUAGGAAAAGGCUAGAGAUUAUAAUCAACAUAUACAUACAGAUGCA